GAGAUUCCCCCCUGCGUCCUGACAAAACGAGUCUUAAUCAGAGCUUAGUCUGCUCAUUCUGACCAAAUGGGCAGACAAAGGCCUCCCACUGCAGGAGUCCUCGCGCGUAUGGUACUAGAGCAAUGGUCCUGCCGCUGUGGUCCAUCGCCACCAAGUGCCGGAAGAGAUGACAAAAAGUGGAACAGCUACAAUAUUGCUUUACAAUUAUUAUCCGAAUCCAUGUUUUUAAGAAAUUGCUAUCUCUAUACAUAGUCCAUCUUAUCAUUAUCAUCAUCUUCAUCUUCAUCUUCAUCAUCCCGUUGAGUGAAGAAGAAAAUAUCAGGCGGCAAUUAAGAUCAUGGAGAUCAGCGAUCCAGUACUGCAGUUCUUGCUCGCCCUGUGCAUGGCCGGAGCUUGCAGCUUAGCCUUCUACUUCUACUACAGGUCCUGGUUCCGACCGCAGACCGUCCGCCGGAGGCUGAGGCAGCAGGGCGUGGCUGGGCCGCCUCCUUCGUUCCCCUUCGGGAACUCGCUCGAGAUGAAGAGGCUCGUCGCGGAGAUGAAACGGAGGAGAGGCCGAGGAGGGGAAGAAACUACUGAAAUCGAGCAUGACUAUACUCCUCUGGUGUUUCCUUACUUCGAACACUGGAGGAAAAUUUACGGCCCGGUGUUUUUAUAUUCGAUGGGCAAUGUGGUCGCGUUACAUGUGAGUCACCCUGACGUGGUGAAGGAGAUCAGCCUCUGUUCUUCCUCAGAUUUGGGAAAGGCCAGUUACUUGAAGAAGACCCACGAGCCUCUGUUCGGCCAAGGCAUUCUCAAAUCCAAUGGCGAGUCUUGGUCUCACCAAAGAAAGAUCAUUGCUCCGGAGUUCUUCUCUGACAAAGUCAAGGGGAUGGUGGAUUUGAUGGUGGACUCUGCAACUCCAUUGCUGACGUCAUGGAGAGAGACAGUCGAGCUCGCAGGAGGAACCGCAGAAAUAAAGAUCGACGAGCAUUUGAGACGCUACUCUGCAGAUGCGAUCUCAAGGACAUGUUUUGGGAGCAAUUACGCGAAAGGGAAGGAGAUCUUUGAGAAACUAAGAGCCCUGCAAAACGCCGUCGCGAGACCGAAUUUCUUUGCCGAAAUCACUGGCUUAAGAUGCAUUCCGACGAAGCGAGCGCGUGAGGUGCAGAGGCUGAACAGGGAGGUGAACGCUCUGAUCUUGAGAGCGGCGAAGGAGGAGGACAAGGAGGAGAGCGGCGGAGAACAGCCGACUCAGAGGAACCUUCUUCAGGCCAUCCUGCGCAGUGCGAGCGGGAGCCUGGAGUGCUCCGAUAGGUUCGUGGUGGACAACUGCAAGAACAUAUACUUCGCCGGGCACGAGACGACCGCGGUGGCGGCCAGUUGGUGUCUGAUGCUUCUGGCGCUGCACCCGGAGUGGCAGGCUCGGGCUCGCGCCGAGGCAGUGGAGGUCUGCGGCGGCCGAUCGCCGGACUCGAAUGCGCUUCAGAAGAUGAAGAUCUUGACGAUGGUGAUCCAGGAGUCGCUGAGACUGUACCCUCCCGGCGCGUUCGUGGCCCGGGAGGCGCUCAGGGACGUGGACCUCGCCGGCCUCCGCAUUCCGGCCGGCGUCAACAUCUACGUGCCCGUCACCGUUCUCCACCAUGACGCCUCCAUCUGGGGCCCCGACCCCCACCGUUUCGACCCCGACCGCUUCGCCCGCGGCUCCUCCUCCUCCAUCACUGCCGCCGCCGGCUGCCGCCCCCCGCACACCUACCUUCCCUUCGGCGCUGGGCCGCGCACCUGCCUCGGUCAAAACUUCGCCAUGGCCGAGCUCAAGGUCGUCCUCUCGCUUCUCCUGCUCCGGUUCGACUUCGAUCUCUCGCCGGCGUACUGCCAUUCGCCUUGCAUGAGGCUGAUCGUGGAGCCGGAGCACGGAGUGAAGCUGCUGGUCAAGCAAGUGCAAGCCGACUCGAUUACCAGCUAAUUUGAAUAUGAAUUAAGGUACAAACCCUGGAUUAGCAAUAAUGAUUAGUGUCAUAAUUAUUAUAUUUUUUACUUUGGUGAAAAUACUUAAUUAUGCUUUUGAGCAUCCUUUACUCAUAUAUGUUUAUUAUUAAUAAAUUAAAUAUUAUAAUUAGUUCUA